AUGUGGUCAUCCCCAGCUGCAUCCACGGUGUGCAUCAUGUUUGGCAUCAUGUGUGAUGUCAGACACGUGCAUUCACAGUCCAUUUCAAUACAAAGGAAAUCGGACCCGGCUACUGACGAUUCCAUCAAAUUACAGGAAGACAUCCAGAAAGCUAUUGAUCAAAUCCACUCCCUGUCCUUUGGGGGCCGGAACACGCGCAUCUCCGGCGGGUCCGACGUCAACGCGGACUACGCCGCGUUCGCCAACUCGUACGCCGCCUUCCGACCGCUGAUGAGGGAAGGCUUCCUAGAUGACCUUCCCAAAACCUUGGUGUGUCUGCUCUCCGGGAGGCCGGACUGCGGCCUGGAGGCAGAGCUGACCAAGGCCGUGUCUCUGGAGCUGGGCGCGCCGCUGCUGACGCUCGUGUCCGCCCUGGGGCCCGGCGGGGGGGGGCCGUGCGCCCCGUCGGGCCCCGCCGGGAUCCUGCAGAGCUUCGUCAACGUACUGUGGAGUCUGCCUCUCUCCGGGGCCCUGCUGAGCGGCGCUGUGGAUGCAGCUGUGAUGUACGUCUCGAACCUCUUGGGAACGGUGCUCGGAGGGCCAAUGGACUACGUCAAAAUAGCGUUACAGUUUGGGAUUGGAAGCCCAUCUCUGGAUGGGCAGCAGACCUGUGAGCAAGCUCAUUAUGUGGUUGGUGGUCACUCUGUAGUGAGUCUAUGCUAUUGUCCAAUAAUCUGUCACAAUUAUUCAAUUUCUUUUUGGAUUAGGGGAAUAAACCACAAUGUGAACUGGUCCUUCUCUAACUCCAUCACCAACAUCCUCCUGGACGUCCUGCUGCCUGCAGCACAGACCGCGUGCACAUACCCGGGGUCAGAUUGCCUCAACCCCCCCAGUGUCGCCUUCCAACGCAGCGCCUCGGAGGCCAGGGACGACGGCGAAACCGCCCGCGGCGUCCUGCUCCGAUGCGACCGGCGGAACCUGGCCGCGCUCAACGACACGCUGUGUGCCGACAUCCUCGCGGGGUCAAGGGCGGGGGCGUCUCCGUCCGUGCUCACCUUAUGCCAGGCGUUGGGCUCCCUCGGCACCGAGCAGAUAGAGCAGGUGUGGAGCAACGCGUGCUUUCUCGCUCAAACGCUGGUGUCGCCGCUCCUCGGCCGCUCGUCCGCCUGCGGCGUCGGGGACGCGCGGCCUUCCACCGCCGCCGCCGCCACCCCUCCCAACGCGACUCCCUCUGGUCCUGCAUCGUACGCGGGGGUCACAAAAGCCUCUAACCUCAAGCAGCUGGCCUGUGACUACAACAGCUGGGCCCAGGGCGAGGCGGCGGACGCCGUUCUCAUCUCGCUGUGCAGCGACAACCAACGCGAGGAGUUUGCCAAGCGAGUGUGUGGCGAUGCUUCGCUCAUGAGGAAGCUGCUCCCGGAUCCGCUGAACCGCUGGCUGUACGGCUACUGUGCCAACUCCUCUGCAGACCCGGGCUACAUGGUGAGCCAGUUCUGCGUCUACGAGCAGUGGAUGGACCAGCCCUUCGUGCCGGUGGAGCCUCCUCUGCUGGAGUUCUGCAUGAGCCUGGACGGUGGCAGGUUGACCGCGCUCAUGUGUGAGCACAUCCCGUUCUUCAUGCUUGUAUUCGCCAACCCUGCCAAUGGGCAGUUCAUGCCUAACUGCACAAACAGGCCCCCGCCACCGCCGUUCCCCAACGUGGAUUUGUCAUUAUCGGAGUCUUGCCGUUACUCUGAGUGGCACGAUGUGACGCAAAUCACCUUUGACGUUUUGUCACAGUGCAUCGGCUUCGAUCAGAGUGGUUUCACCAAAGAGGUUUGCGCAAACAAAACCUUUCUGAACAGUCUGCUCCGUAAUCCGCAAAACGCUUGGCUCGAGAGUCACUGCAACUCCUCUCUUGCCUUUCUGCUUCCCGAGCCGACGGAGCCCACGGGCAUGAUGGGAUGGUGCGACUUCCAGACGUGGGGAGAGCGGCAGGUGGACGACUCGGUGGUCGGCCUCUGUUGGCAGCUCGAUCAGCUGGCUUUUCGGGAGAAUGUUUGCUGCAAGCCGUCUGUGUUCGAGAAUCUGUUACGAAACCCUCUGAACAUGUGGCUGAAAUCGGUCUGCUCGGACAUGAAGGCAAUAGAGGCAAUAUCAGUGUUACCACAGUUGUGCAGGUACUCUGAGUGGACCCGUCCCAUCAUCGUGGACAUGACUGAGCUGGCUCUCUGCACUGAGAUCGACCCGCUUAACUUCACCGCACAAGUCUGCGCCAAAGACACGGUCCUCCAGAACCUGUUGGCCAAUCAGGACAACACCUGGUUAAUAAAAUACUGCCAAAACCAUUCAAAUCCCGACCUGUUUCCAGGUGGAAAUGGGACCCCAGGAGCAGGCCUGCCUGGAUUCAACCCAGCAGAUCAGUGCCAGUACUCCAGCUGGAGCGUCGCCCUUCCAGAUGCAGCACUCCUUACUCUCUGCUGGGAGCGAGACCAGAGCAGCUUCGUCUCCUCCAUCUGCCCGAACACUGGUCUUCUCCAUUUGCUCUCCUUGGAGCCCUCAAGCGUGUGGGUCGGCAACAUGUGUACCACCUACACCAACCACAACACUACUACAACCAACAAUAGCAGUAACAACAGCAGCAGCACCACUGCAAAUCCCAAUUUUUGCCUGGCCAAAAGCCUGGUGAGUCAAUUCAACUGGAACUGCUCGGCUGACUUCACCUCGGCCUGCCAGCCCGGGGCCGGCCAGAAUAUGGCGCUGCAGGUGAUGGUGCGCUGCUGGGUGGAGGGUCUGAGGUCCAGGGUGGAGGAUCUGCUGACACCACCUGUGGCCAAAGUGUUGGAGGAGGCAGUCAGCACUGCUGUGGUGAUCCUGUUGGCCCUGGAGGAGGUCCAGAACACCUCCCUGCACGUCACCGAGAACAUACGACAGAGUGUUUUAACGUCUGUGGAUCGCUACUUUGACACCGAAAACAACUGGGACGAGAAGAGGGUGUUGCUGCAGUGCUUUGGGAGAGUCUUAACUAGCCUGAUGCAGACAUCGAGGGACGUGACCAGUGAGGAUAGGUUCAUAAAGGAGUACUUCCGUCUGCCGCUGAGCAGCCUGAGCUCUGUGCUCGGUGCAGCUCACAUCACCACCGUCAGACUGAUCCUUCAGUACUACAGCGGGAACAAGAAUACGCUGAAGUUGCCCGAUAAGUACCUGCCCACCAUGCUGUCAGUGCUGUUCCAGACCCAGCUGGUUAAAGAGGCUAGUCUCUUCCCUGAGCUGGCGCCGCUGAUGGCUGCGGCGAGCCCGGCUGACAUCGAAGCGUUGCCCUCACUGCAGGACAACACCAAUGUGAGGGAGAGCAUUAACAGACACUUGGAGGCCAUGACUUUGGACCAGAGGCGCGCCUUUGGCAUGUGGUACAGCCGAGUAUUGCCCCCCUCCCUCAUCAUCCGUGGUAAUCAGUCACUCAUCAGGGACACGGGAAACCUGAUCGCCCACCUGCCCUUCAACAACUUCCAACACCUCUCACCUGCUCAGCUGUUGGACGGGCUGGAUGUGUUGCAGAGAAACACCCUCACUUCUCUAAAGCAGGAAUUCAUAGCUCACAGCCUCAUUGGCACCUACAGGAACUUGACAGCUCAGGAUUUUACCAGACUGGGAAAUCUCACAUGCCUGGCGGACCCACAGGGCCUCCUCGUGUACAAAAGAACUAAGGCCUUCAGUGUCAUCCAGGACACCGUUAUGAACUGCACUCGAGAGGGACUCCGUCCGUCCGGCUACCUGAUUUCCAGUGUUUUGCUGAACAGCACAGAAUUUACGACCCCAUCCUUGCUCAGUCCCGGUCGACUGGCAGAGAUCAGCCACCUCCUGCCCUCGCUGGGUGUGACUUUCCUGCAGGGCGUCUCACCCUCUCAGCUGCUCGCCGCCCUGCCCGCCCUGGUCUCCGUUUCAUUCAGCCCCGUGCAGGCUUCCAUAAUUUUAGAAAAGAUAUCUUCGAUUACCCCCCUGAGCGCUCCGGGCCAGCUGCAGAGGCUCGGCUCCCUCCUUGUGGGACUGAAGACGGAGACAUUGUUGACCCUCCCCUCAGACAGGCUGCUGGCGUCCCUGCCCGCCAUGGCCCAACUCAAACCGGGGCUCAGCCCGACCCAAGUCAACGCGUUAUUUACCAAACUAUGGGGCUUCGCAGACGUGAUUGGUUGGCAGAACGACGUGGAGCCUUUCCUCUUCUGGACGCCCCUCGUCAGCGUCCUGCCCAGGAUACCGCUGCUUCUGAACAACAUCACCACUGUGUCCACAAAACGCUGGAACACACAGCAGGCUAAAGCAUUUUUCAAAGAGGUGCUUAAUACUAAACCGAAGCUAAAUGAAGCAAAUUUACUGAGUCUGGGAACAGUGGGGCAGGGCGUGAGCUGUAAAGUUUUACAGGAACUUUUUCAGGCUGAUUCCUCGCUUUCAUCAGUGAGAAGAAUCCUGUCCUUCUUCAGACAGCAGCCCGGUCCUCUCCACACCUCACUGAAAAAGUGUCUGAUUGAGAAUCUGUAUCAGUUUGAGUUCUUCUUUGAGCUGAUCAAGGACCUUGGAGCUGAGAUUGCCCUGUCCGUGCCAGUGAGCACCAUUAAGAAGUUUCCCACGGAUUUGAUGGACACCCUGAGGAGGACUAUUGUUCAGGACCCUCACCAGUUUCUCCUGCUGUCUAGAAUAAAACAGGAGCUGCUUGUAGACAAAGUGGCGCAGAGGAUGGGCAUGUACACCGGAGUGUUUACUGAGGAGGAGUUUCGAUCAAUGGGCAUUAUGGCAACGUUUGUGGUGGAUGAAGUUUUCAUGCAGCUUGACCGCAGCUUCUUCAUGAACAAUCUGGACUUCCUCCAGGAGCUCUGCUACAGCAAAAGCAAGAUGGACAUCGUGGCUGGUAUCCUGCUGGAACCUGCAGCAUUUGGCCCAAUCAAAACCUGGAACCACACAACACUCAGUCAGGUGGGCCGGUUUCUCCUCUUCCUGCCUGACAACAAGCUGCAGGAGAUCCCCCUGGCGUUGAUGACUCUGUGGCGUAUCGAGAAGCUCUUCGUGAGUCAGCAUCGAUGGGAACGUGGGGAAACUGGGAUCCACUGUUCCAAUGAGAACGAGCGUCAGAGAUCUUUCGAGAAGCGGCAGUUUGUUUUACAGUUUUUCCUGGGCUUCCUGAAAAUAAAUGUAUUGUCACCGACUCCUAUGGUUCCUACUUGUGAGAUUCUGCGUACAACAUCUCCGUCUGCGUGGACCCCCAGCAGUCUGCUCAGCAUGCCUUCAGCCGCCUUCUCCAACUGUCUGGAGCUGAUGGGUCACGACCCGUUUCUUGUGUUCUACCAGCGCAGCCAGGUGCUCCAGAAAAUCAAGCAGAUCCACGGCCCCGUCUCGUCCUUCUCCCAGUCCGUGAUCUCUCAGUUGGGGGGUUUAGCGAUAGGACUGUCCCCAGAGGAGCUGAGCAGCCUCCGAUUGGCCGAGCGGAGCAGCGUCGCUGCUCUUGGUGCAGUCACAGCAUGGAGCAACCAACAGCUGUCUGCACUGUUUGCCGCCGUGUUAAACUCCACCCAGCAGAGUCCCAGCCAGCUCGACUCCAGCACGCUGGUGGCGAUGGGACACAUCGUCUGUGGGGCAAAAACCACCGAGAUGAGUUAUUUCAAUGCUCUAGAGUUCAGUAAGGCGGUGCUCUGGCUGGGUCAGCUGAGGCUGUCCUGCUCAGAGGACCAGCUGCUGGCUCUUGUCGAACUUCUGACCCACCGGCUUGCUUUUGGACCCAUGAGUUCAUGGGGAGCUGCUGUCUUCAUUGAGAUUGGCGUUCUGGCAGCUGGUCUCCCAGACAUGGCAAUGUCCGCUCUGGUUAGUGAGCAAAUAGAAGGACUCACACCUGCGGCUGUCUCUAUGAUACCACCUGAUAAGUUUGCUGUGGUGUUUCACCAGAGACAGAUCAGCAUGUUCUCCUAUGAGCAGGCUGCUGCAGUAACUAAAGAGCAGCUCGCCGCUCUGUCAGAUAUUCAGAGGACCGCUCUGGCUAUGGUGCUGACGCCAUGGGAGGACAGGCCUGUUGACUUCAGAGGGAAGUCACUGGGGCUGGCACUGAGCCACAGUCCUCUGUGUCUCACAGUGGGACUGCUGAUGCUGCUGCUGCUGCCCUGCCCUGGCACAUGACCCCCCUCACCUCCCCUGGAUCGGGAAACACCCAAGAGGAUGCUAUUUAUACCUGCAAUACCAUACCAUACCUCUUUGAAGAAUCAUCAGGAUUUCUUUAGUGUAUUUAAUGAGAUAGUAAUUUAUUCUCUUCAUCUUACAUACACAUAUCACAUUCAGAACUGAAGUGACUAAAUGUUUAGUUAAAUUCGAAAUAUAAAACAAAAAACAAUGACAGUAUGUAAUAUAAUUAUAAAAAACAUCAAGUCAAAGCAACAUUCAUGUAAUCAUACGCUGUUUGGAAUACUUUUCUAGGUAUGGUGUCACAUGUGAGUGUGAAUGAAUGAAUAAAUAAGCUUUAUACAUAUAAAUAUAUUUAUCAAAAAAGAAAUGAAUAACUACAUGUAAAUCUUUUAAGAGAACUUAAGAGAUUUGCAUAUAGUUAUAAGUUAUAAAUACAAGUUGUGCAAAUAUACAAAGUUCUAUAUUUUUGUGAUAAUCUAUAAUAUUUUUGUUGAGUAAGACAUCUUUUGCUGUGAGUUUUGUAGUGUUGUGCACACCUUCCGGUGUGAUAGAUUUAAGUUAUUAAACUGAAUCGGCCUCUGAUUGACUCCUUUAAUUUACAAUAAGCAUGGUGUAUAAUAAACUAUCUGGACAUAGAAAAUAAAAAUACAGUGGACUGCACCCGGCGAG